AUGGAAUUCACGCCUGCUUCAUGCGAUGUGCUCAUCAACUUUACCGGAGAAGACAUCCGUAGGAAGUUCGUUUCUCAUCUCGAUUCGGCCCUCUCAGCUGCUGGGCUCACCACUUUCCUUCAGGAGGAGAAUCUAGUCAAAACCAUGCACAUCCAAGAACAACUAACGCAGGCAAAAGAAAUGUGUCGCGUAGCAAUAGUUGUUUUCACCAAAACCUACGCUGAAUCUGCUUGGUGUCUUCAUGAGCUUCAACAAAUCAUCAAAUGGCCUGAAACUUAUUUCCGACAUGUUCUGCCUGUAUAUUACGAAAUUCAGCCAUCAGAUGUACGUCUUCAGACGAAUGAUUUUGGAAAAGCCUUGAAAGCAACUGCACAACAAACGUUUUCAGGACAAGAAGUGGAAGAUGCCUUGUCCAGGUGGAGCCGCGCACUCACCAAAGCAGCAAAUUUCUUUGGGUGGGAUGAGAGCAAUUACAGGAGUGAUGCUGAACUAGUGGACAAAAUUAUUAAGAGCGUUCUUAAUUUACCAGUCUUGUCUGCUACUCAAUUUCCAAUUGGAUUACAAUCCCAUGUGCAAAUACUGAUACAAUAUAUUGAAAAUACCAAAGGCACUUGUAUCUUAGGGAUAUGGGGAAGUAGAGGAGUGGGUAAAGCCACCGUUGCUAAAGCCGUCUACAACCAAAUUCAUGACAUUCUUAAUGGUUGUGGACUACAUGCUGAUAUUGGAAUACAAGUUCUCAUAAAGCGUAGCCUACUGAAAAUUGGGAAGAACAAUAAACUCGGCAUGCAUCAUUUGCUACAAGAGAUGGGAAGAGAGAUUAUUCAUAGAAGUUCAACCAAGGAACGUGAGAAGCGCAACCGACUGUUUGCUGGCGAUGCAAAAUUUGUACUAACAAAGAAUAAUGGAACAGAAGCCAUUCAGGGAUUGGUUCUGAAGUCAUCACCAUUACCCAUCACAUCUUGGUUGGAAAUUUCUGCUUUCCAGAAUAAGCAGAUAUUGAGACUGUCAGACUUGGACUCUCUACUAUUCACUAGAGACUAUCCGAACCUCUCUAAGCAACUGCGAUGGAUCUGUCAUCGAGAGUUUCCUUUCAAACAUAUACCUGAAAACUGUGAUAUGGAAGGUGUAAUUGCGAUUGAUUUGAAAUGCAGUAAUCUUCAACGAGUCUGGAAAGAACCAUGGCUCAUUCUCAAAGAUUGUCCAAGAUUGUGCAAGGUACACCAAUCCAUAGGAGAUCUCUGCAAUCUUCUACUGAUAAAUUUGAAGGACUGUAUAAGUCUUAGCAAUCUCCCCAAAGAGGUAUAUAAGCUGAAGUCUUUAAAAACUCUCAUCCUGUCUGGUUGUGCCAAGAUUGACAUUUUGGAAGAAGAUUUAGUGCAGAUGGAAUCCUUGAUAACACUAAUUGCUGAAUAUAAAGCAGUGAAACAAGUGCCCUUUUCAAUUGGAUUGGCAAGGAGUGAAUCUUCUGAUGUUUGUCUUCCAGGUGACAACCAUCCUCAUUGGUUGGCCCAUGUGGGUGAGGGACAUUCAGUUCAUUUCACUGUGCCUAAGGACUGUGACUUGAUGGGAAUGGUUUUGUGUGUUGUUUAUUUAUCAACCCCUGAGAACAUGGCAACUGAAUGUCUUACAAGUGUCUUAAUUGUGAACUACACGAAGUGCACAUUCCAGAUACACAAGCAUGGCACAGUAAUUUCCUUUGAUAACACAGAUUGGGAGGGCAUAAUAUCAAAUUUAGGAUCUGGAGACAAUGUGGAGAUUUUUGUGACUCUUGCUCAUGGAUUCGUGGUCAAGAACACAGCUGUCUAUAUGACAUAUGGUGAAUCAAAGAAAAAUGCCCUCCAUAAAUUCAUAAAAAGAAGUGUAAUGUGUGACUUCAAGUAA